GUGAUUGUUGUGAAGAUGGCGGAGGAGGAGGCAGAGAGGGAGAGCAACACAAGGGAAGUAAUUGUGGCCCUCCGCAAACGUUUCCAGGAAUUGAUCACAGCAUUGAAAGAGAGUUCGGAAUCGCCAGUGGAUGCCUCGUCUAGCUUUUGCCAAGAGUUUUGCCAGGUCCUGGUAGAACAUGGGAGUCGUUGGAAGACGGAGGAAGAUCGCCUGCCUCUGUUGGAGAUGUACACAGUGGCCAUCCUCAGCUAUGCAGAGGCCACCCCAUCACUCUCACCUGAAUGUGAACAGUCGUCCCUUGUACUUGAGAAAUUAGGCCUGAACUGCAUGGAGCUGCUGCUGUCGCAGUCUGAGAUGAUCCCCAGUGCCUUAUGGGAACGCUUCCGGUCAUCUGUGAAGGUGGCACAUGGCAUUCUGCAAGGGAGUGGGAACUCUCAGCUUCAGCCACUGUCAGCUGUUGCAGCCGAAAGUGGGAUCUGGACAAAUUCUACUCUGAACAGCAUCCUGUCCAACGAGUUGCCUGAAACAGAAAAAAUUAACGAGUACCUGGCUUCAGAGGGUCCAGCUCUCAUUGACAUGCGCAUCAAGCACCUUAUAAAACAGAAUGAAGUAGAGAAGGCCGCCCGGCUGGCCAAGGUCUGCACAGAGUUUCCUGAGUUUUCGGGAAAACGAAACUUCAAACAAGCCUACCUGGUAUGCCUUUGUGCAACAAGUUCAGAGGAACACCUGAAGAAAGAGAUUGCUGAGGUGGACUGCAAAGACGCCUUGGACAUGAUCUGUAACCUGGAGUCAGACGGCAAUGAGAAGGGGGCCUUCAGCAUGUGCUCAGCGUUUCUUAAAAGACAGCUUGUCCAAGGGGAUGUGUACUGUGCCUGGGAACUGACGCUGCUGUGGAGUAAGCUGCUGAUGAGGCUGGAGUCUUCGCAGGCCUUCCUGGACCAGUGCCGAGCGCUAGUAGUGCAGGCCACCAGUGUCUACCACAUACUGCUCCUCAUCAAAGUCAUCCAGUCUGAAGUUGAAAAUGCUGGACUUCCAUUGUGCAUUGAAAUGUGCAUCCAGGCCUUGAAGAUGGGAGAUGGGAGUGAUGGCGAGGACAGCCAGGCCACCAUAUGCAAGACCAUCUCCUGCCUGAUGCCCACCGACCUGGAGGUGAAACGCGCGUGCCAGCUCACCGAGUUCCUCCAGAAGCCCACCGUGGACGCGUACUAUGCUGUGGAAGCACUCUACAACGAACCAGACCAAAAGCUAGAGGAGGAGGAGUCGUCGUCGUCUUCGUCGUCGUCGCUGCCCAUCCCCAUCCCCAACUCCCUGCGCUGCGAUUUGCUGUUGGCCUUGAAGACACGGUGGCCUUUCGACCCAGAAUUCUGGGACUGGAAAACGCUAAAACGGAACUGCUUGACACUGAUGGGCGACGAGGCCUCGAUAGUGUCUUCCAUCGAUGAACUCAAUGACAAUGACAACGACGACGAGGCAGAAGGGAAGGAGGACACAGAGAGCGGGCAUAGCUUCAUGGACAUGGUGAUGAGCCCCUCUGUAGUAGAUCCAAACGAUCUUAUCGCUGAGAGAAAGAAGAAAAGGGAAAUCAAGAAACUGAGAGAGCAGGGCUUUGUCUCUGCACGGUUUAGAAACUGGCAGGCGUACAUGCAGUAUUGUGUAUUGUGUGAUAAAGAGUUUCUUGGUCACAGAAUUGUAAAGCAUGCACUAAAACAUGUCCAAGACGGAUUAUUCCGAUGUCCGAUAUGCGCACAGUCCUUCGAGACCCGACAAGUUCUCGAACCACAUGUUGCUCAGCAUGUGAAGCAGUCAAGCAAGGAACGACUAGCUGCUAUGAACGUCACCAACAAGAAGCUACCAAAAUCUCCCACAAAGUCCCCCAUAAAGGAUUACAUUUUGAAAAAGUCUCCCAAAAUCAAAGUGAAUCCUGAGGAAAAACUCCAACAAGCAGAGUCAAACACUCCAAACAGCAGUCCAAUUAAGGUUACUUCUCCGAAACAAGACAACCAACGUGUUGCAUGUGUGGCAGAAAAUACUGAGGAUUGUUCUUGCCCCGUUACCAGCUGCCAGAAGGUCUUUAAAUAUUUCAGGAACCUUGUGGCCCACAUGAGAGUGCAUAAAGACGAUGAAGAGGCGAAGUGUUUCCUUGAGACUCACUGCCAAAAGACCAUUUGUCAGUAUUGCCGGCGGCAGUUUGUCAACAUGACUCACCUGAACGAUCACUUGAAAAUGCACAGUGGCGAAAAGCCGUACUAUUGCAUUCAGCUAAAUUGCAAAGCUGCUUUCUCCUCCCAUGCCGAGCUGCUCAUGCACAGAAAACUGCACACCCGGUUUGAGGCCCAGUGCGUGUUUCCAGACUGCGGCCGACUCUUCACCGAAACCUACCAGCUGUACGACCACGAAGCGCAGCAUUACAUAAUGUUCACCUGUAAAGUGACGACCUGUGGUAAGAUCUUCUACUCGCAGGCACUUUUAACCGCACACCUGAAGGAGCAUGUUAAACAGGAGAUGUCCUCCACAUUUAUCUCAGAAGAGGUAGAACCGAAUGUGACGCAGGGACCUGAAAAUUCUCCAAGCAAACCUGAGGACGAAGCCACAGUGGAAUCUGCCUCAGUUAAAAUCAAGCACUCCGUUGAAAGCAUGCUGAAUGAAAACUCUGCUGCUGCUGUUGCAGUUGAAGUCAGUGCUGCUCCUCCUACCACAGAUGUAGCCAGUGCACCGAGCGUCACCGAGCCAGAGGCCCCAGCUGCGGUUGUGCCUGCUGUUCAGCCUUCAAAACCGGCAGCUCCACAGGAGUUGAACCUCAAGGGCCCUUUACCCCUUACGCAGCCUUGUUCUGUGCAACUGAAGCCGAUCCCAAUCACCUCCUUGGAAGCUGUAGGUUGUUCUAGGUCUGAACUACAGCCUCCGACAAUAAUCCAGGACAAGAAACUCUUUUCGUGUCCGAAAGGCGAGUCUUUCAUGGCAGAAAUCAAACGAGAGCAGACACUUGGCUCUUCAGUCCCUACGCAAAGCCGCACCAGUCCAAGUGAUGAUAAACUAACCCACGUCUGCCCAUUUGAGGCAUGCACUCGAAGGUAUUCCACAUCGAAAAGUCUGGCAAGGCACGUCAAAAAAGUGCACUCCGAGGCUUUUGAGGAAUGGAAACUGUCGAACAGGUACAAGCGGCUUGCCCGCAUGUCAGUUAGGAAGCAACUGCAUCUAAACAUGCAGAGAUCACCUACAAAGCAGGGUCGGAGGAUGAGCACUACAGGUCUUGCAUCUCCACGAAAGAAUGCAAGCAUAAGCCAGUCUCCUUAUUCAGCACAAAGUGACGCUGUACUCUCACCAUCCUCCUUUUCUCCCAACUCUAUAUCUAACAGUUCCAUGCCCUUUUAUUCCAGUUUCUGUUCACAGUCAGAAAACUCUUUUUGCGACACUUUGCAAAAUCCAGAUGGACUGAUACAUUCAGACAUUUCUCAGCUGUGGAAUUCACCUACAGCAAACGGUUUCAGCUGUGACUACACCCAACAGAGUGGAUGGAAGCCAAAAGUUGAACCUGAUGACUUUCCAGACUUCCCAGACUUCUCGUUUCCGUCUGAGAUGGAGAGGGCUCCGGUUGCACAGGUGAUAUGUGACACUACAGUACCACACACCACAGUCCCGAGUGACAAUGGGAACAUGCCCCCCGUGAUGAGACAAGACUCCAGUGUGAUGACUCAAGCAUCAAAGUACAUAUCUAGCUCUCUCAUGGUCUUACAUUCACCAGACAGCGGGCAACAGUGCGAUAUCCCACAGCCAGACAGAAACGUGGGCCACAUGUUGCAACCCAUGCAGAGUCAUCAUGAUGGAAACGUCUCAUCGGGCCAAAGUCUCCAUUCAUAUUCAUCACAUAUGCCUGCUCAACUGCACACUCCAUCAGUGGAAACAUUAGGGACCAGUAACAAGUCCAUGACCUUUGACCCCCCUCACGAUCCAUAUGUCAGUAACUCGGAGGUUAACAAUAUUGCUAAUCUUAACUCAACGCCUUACAAGAACCACACUAAUGAUUUGACAACCACUCUGCAGAGCUCAGCAGAGGUCCUUAACUGCUCUAAUAAUUCUUAUUUCAGUAACACAAGGGAAACGUCGUCAAAUUCACAAUUGCACGACAUGGAUUAUAAUGUCACCACAUUGCAAAGUGCAACAAGCGCAGACUCCAAAGACAAAAAAGAAACAUCAACUGACGAGGUGAAGAAACAGAAAAAGGUACGGUCAUCUAAGAGGACGAAAUGGCCUGCCAUUAUAAAAGAUGGCAAGGUGAUCUGCCGUAGAUGUUACAGAGAGUUUUCCAGCACAAAAUCUCUUGGUGGUCAUCUGUCAAAACGGUCCCAGUGUAAACCUUUUGAUGAAGUGGACUUGAAUGCGGAUUUGCCAACAUCUUUCCUUGAUUUCUUGAACGAUCCUGACGUUUUAACUGUCUAUCAGCCAUCAGCUACUCCAACUCCAACUCCAACUAUUAAGACUGAAGGAGGCUAUAAUGGUAAACCAGACGGGUCAUGCAUGUAUAAUCAGACCACAGAGUCAAACUACUUGCAAAACGGUAGCUAUCCAGAAAUUUACGAAUCAACUUACAACAUGAGUUAUCCAAAACAAGAGCCUGGUAUCGCCCCUUCAUCAUGCAUGGCUGACUCAGUACAGCCCACAUCGAUUGGUCAGAGUAGAUCUGUUCCCACGGCAGCUGAGUCUCACCCUUUACCUGUGAACACUGGCCAGAGCAGAAACUCUGAGGUAAACGCAGACUCAAGACCGAUGCAGACUCGCAGCACAACUUUAAAGGACUCCGUAGCAAAGACGAUGGAUGUGACGACCACAAAUAAUAAAGAAGACUUCAAAAUGUUGGAGAUACAGAAAGCCUUGCAACGACUGGCUUUGAACGAUGCAGCGUUACAGGAUUCUCUGAAAGCCAAUGAGAACUCCUCCUUAAAUGCAUCAAAAACUGCGGAUCCUGCUAAGGAAAGACCAAAUGAAACUGUGCUGCCGAGAACUCCUAUAAAGGAGGUUGACCUGAAUGCCAAUAAACCAUUUGUAUGUGAAAAAGAUGGCUGUUCCUAUGGUGCAAUGACAAAAGAAGCAUUAUUUAAGCAUCUGUACAAAAGUCACGACUACACAGAUGACAUGAUCAAUGAGUUGAAGAAAUACCCGGACAAAUUUUGUCCUUACAGCUGUCAUAUAUGUGCAAAGAAUUUCACAAGAACAACUGGUCUCCGAAUACACUAUAUGAACGUUCACCGCCUGGCCAAGGAUGAAAUACCCAAGAUAAAGGCAAACAAGGGCUUUCGAAUCCUCAAAGCCUCGACACUAGGUAACAUAUCCUUAGCCUAUAAAUCUGUUAAUUGUGUCGACAGCCAGUGCAAUGGCUUGAAGGUGGAAAAACAGGAGUUAGUCCAAACUAAAACUGAACAUUUCAGCCAGUCAGCCAGUCAGUCCCCUGAGAAGCUGCAUUGUUUAGGAGUCACUAGGCAAGGAAGUCAAGAUGCAGCAUCUAGCACCGUCCAUUCAUCAGUGGCCAGCUCUGUGCAUUCCCCAACACAGCCAUCAACAGCAGGGCCACUCCAGCCAGUCAGUAGUAAUGAGAGGACCACAGAGGGACAUGUCACGAUAGACCCACAAACUUCCACAAAGACCCACAAAGUCCCAGACUGCAAAGACAUGAAGAUAAUUAAAGCUGAGGCAGGUAGCCCACAACAUCCAGAAAGUAACAUGGACUCAACCAAUGUUCGCAGUCCUACCAGCAUCCAUAGUCCAGCUAGCAUCCAUAGUCCAGAGCGUAAAAUUGGCACAGCCAAUGUCCGUAGUCCAGCCAGAGUCUAUAGCCCAGAGCGUAAAAUUGGCACAGUCCAUGUCCAUGUCCGUAGUCCAACCAGCAUCCACAGUCCAGCCAGAGUCUGUAGCCCAGAACGUAAAAUGGACGCAGCUAGUAUGAGUGAUGUGUCUUGCUCAUUCAGACCUUACAGGUGUGUACACAAAGGGUGCUCAGCAGCGUUUUCCGUUGCACACAACUUGACUCUCCAUUACAGAGCGGUGCAUCAGAUAGAACAUGUUGCUGACCGUGGUGCAGCAUCAAGCGUUGCAACAUCAAGCGAUUGUGCUGACAGCACACUGAAAGUUACAGAAUUGGAGUGCCAAGUAGAAAACUGUUUGAAAGUGUUCCCAAAACCCACUGCCUUGUUUAGACAUUACCUGUUCUAUCACAGAUUCACUGUCCAAAAAUCAAAUACCCUGCUGACAGGCGUAGAUGUAGGAACCUUUCCUUGCGACCAGAACAAGUGCCCCGCAUCCUUCACGUCGUUCUUGAAAUACAUUGACCAUGUCAAAGACGAUCACAAGGCAAUAAAAUUAUCUGAAGGCGGCGACGGGUCCUCUGCAAAGGUGGACUUGUCGUUCAAGUGCGACUGUGAGGGAUGUGAUCGUAGCUACACCACAAAGUCUAAUCUUCUCCGACAUCUAAUGAAGAAGCAUGAGGAGGUGUAUGAGGAAAUAAUUAAGACAAAAAGCACCAUGAACGAUCUGACAGACAAGAAAAUGAAACAAGGACUUAGUCCUAAUAAUGGAAAAGAGAACAUGGUGAACAGCAAAUUGAAAAUGAAAAAGAAAAACUCCAAGAAGAAAGGAAAAGUAUCACUCAAUCACUGGACAAGCUUUGGCAAGCCGUCACUGAAAUCUAUGGAUGAAGCCUCCGCCAUGUGCACCAGAAGGUUUUCGUUGCAAUACCCAUGCAUGAUAAAGGGCUGUGAUUCAGUUUCAAGUGCUGAGCGGAAUAUUUUUAAACAUUACGCCACCCACGGUCUCACCGAGCGAUACAUUGAGGAUCAGAGAAGUCAGUUCAUAUUCUGUAAGAAAUGCCCACGGUCCAGAAACAUAGACUCAGAUGGGACAUCAACAGAGAGUUCUGAGGAUGAGGAAAGCGACAACGAUGAAAGCUCGGGUGAAUUGGCAGAUAGCACACUUGAAUCCUCUUCGCUAGCUGGGAGCCCAGACACAAUGUCGCCUGAAAAAAGGCUAAUUGAAAGUGAAAAUGACCAAACGACACCUGAUGAGAUGGAGAAAUGCAAGACGGGCUGUCCCCCAAGUGAAGUCCACACAGCUGAAAAUGCAAUAAAAGGACUGGAACCAAACACUAAUGAAAAGCAGACAGAUGAUAUGGCGGACUCUGAGGAAAUGCUUCUGUCAUUAUUAGAGGACUCGACCGAUUCUCUUAAAAGAAAAGCAGUUGAGAGUAGCAAAACGGAAACCCCCCCCAAAAAGCAGCGCACUCUUCAACAGCAGUCCCCUAUCAUAAUGGACGAAACGCUGAACGACUACGACUACAUUACAAGUAGUGAAAAUCUUGUUAAUUUCAGAAACCCCUUAAACAUCAAAUCUGUGAAUAACGUUAAGAUAGUGAUGGACAAAGCUUUUUCUAACGGUGCUGAUCUCCUACUGAAACAGCUUCAGGAUAUGCGUCCAAUGGUCAUACUGAAAAAGUGGCUCUAUAGUUGAUGCUUUAUUUGUAAGCUUGACGUCUCCAUUCAUAUGCCUUGCACUCAGGACUAGAUAUGCUGCAGAGUGGUACAUAACAAAAACAAACACCUGAUCCAUAAUUUUCUUAACAGGAAAUUAAUUGCAAGUAGGUCAUUGUUAUUGGACAACUGUCUUAGGUUUUUAAAUAGGAAAAUUAUGUCGACAGAUUUUGCUAUAUCAUUAUACAGUAUAUGUUGGUGGAAAAGUCCAAGGAGCAGGUAGUAUGUAGGGGUUAGUCCUAGAAACACAUUUUUAUGAAGCUUCUUUUUAAAAGUAUAAUUUUGUUUAAAGAAUACAAAAGGACAUUUUGAUAUAUCCCUAUGGGAUUUAUAUUCAAGUUCGGAUUUAUAUUCAACUUCUCCUCUUGUUUGGUAUGUAUUUAUUUUUUACAUUAAUGUAGUGGCUGUAAAUUUUACUUGUCUUCCACAAAGUAUUCAAUAAAAAUGGAAAUGUUUGCUUUUGUAAACUUUGUUUACAUUUCUUACCACAAACACCAGCAGUGUGUAUGGUGAAUUGUGUAAUGACUUUGACUGCACUGUGUAAUUAAAUGUGUUUAUUAUCAUA